AUGGCCGUCCAAGAAUAUCCACACUGGCUCGCUAGUAUUUUGGCUGAUACAAGUCCUCCUCCAAAGUUAUACGCCUGGUCACCUGCAAACCUCGACUUCGACAGUGGCCAAAUCGAUAAAAUCCCGAAAGACCAACGAAAACUUGGAUUUCAAGAUGAUUCCCCGAGCCCAAGAAAUCGCAUAUACAUCAUUGGGCCAGGUAACAUUGGAAGACUCUACGCUUGCUACAUGGCCCAGCAUGCCAACCAAUUACCAAUCACCCUAGUGGUGCAUAGGAAAGAGCUCCUCUCUUCUUGGAUGAUGAGCGAGGGCCUAGGGAUCAUAGAUCCAGUCAACGGCACCGUCUUGAAGAACAAAGACUUUGAUGUUGAAUGGUGGACAGAAACUCAACCCAACCAUGGUCCAAUAAGAGAGGUUGCAGACGGAAAGAAGUUGCGAAACGUCUUUGUAUCAACAAAAGCUGAAGAUGGUUUGGCUGAAGUUGAUCGAAUGCGUCGCUACCUCGGAAGGUCGAGUUCGGUCGUGUUCGCUCAGAAUGGGAUGUGUAAGCUCUGGCCUCCUCAUGGGCCUUUGUAUGUUGCCAGUCGGUACAGUCUUGGCGAUGAACCGACCUUCUCGGCUUGCGUGGUGAAACAUGGCGUAUCGUCAGCGGGACCGUUUCUCAGUGUCCAUGCAGCUCCAGCAGAUGCAUACAUUGGGACUGUCUUUUGUUCAAAACGACUCAAGCGACAUAUCGAUGAUCCUUUCAUCAGAUGUAUCGUCACAUCUCCUUGUUUGAACACCCAUCGGGUAUCUUCGGGCGAGCUCUGGCUUCUACAGUUAGAGAAGUUGGUUAUCAACGCUGCGAUCAAUCCACUUACGGCGAUCUUACGCUGCAAGACAGGAUUUCUUUUCAUGUCGUACGAUCCUCGCGACCCUCUGGCCCGAGUUCUUGAUAAGUUGCUCUGGCAGACCAGCGCCGUAAUCCAGGAACUCAUCUAUCACGAUUCAAGUCUGGACAUGGUCAUCUCUUACGUGCGAGAAAGCCAGCCGCACAUCACCAGCAAACAGCAUUUCUACAAAAGCUUCAAGAACACUCGGCACAAGAUAGCACAAAGAUUCUCACAGCCCAUGCUCAAAUCCAACCUGUUCGUGUUCGGACGCAAGAUAAGUGAGCAUCGGAGUUCUAUGCUCCAGGAUAUAGAAGCAGGUAGAAAAACGGAGAUAAGGGAUUUUAAUGGCUGGAUCAUUGAUAUGGCGCGAUUCUUGAAUACAGGAUUGGAUGUGAGCAUUCAUUCCGGUCUGAUUACUCUCAUUGAGCGCAAGGAAGUUUUUAUUAAAGAUGAGCUGGCAAAUAGGCUGUCAGUCUGA